AUGGCUCCCGCACAAAAGAGAAAACCAGUCGAGGAUGAUUUUAUCCACACGAUAUCGGACAACGAGGAAUUUGUCGCCGAGGAGGAAGUGAUGCUGACCGAGCCACCCAAGAAGAAAUCCAAGACGACUAAAAAAGCAAAGAAAGCUUCCAAAGCCAACGAUGUAUCGGCAGAUGAGGAUCAGGAAGUGGACGGGAUCUGGGGCCAAAAAGAUGAUGAUGAUGGCGCCAUGGACUCCGAGUUUGAAUUCAUGGCGGACAAUGCCGGCGACCUUGGCGAGGAAGAAUUCGAGGGUUGGGGUUUCGACGGUGCUAGAAAAAGCAUGAAUAUGAACAAGAAGAUGGUGGACAUUGAUGCGAUCAUUCGACGAAGAAAAGAACGAAAGGGCGAAGUCCCUUCAGACCACGAAAACGAGGACGGAAACGAAGAAGAUCCAGUCCAGGAUAGCAUGGAACUGGACGAUGGUGACGAUGAGGUCCUUGCCGAUGACGCAUUCGGCAUGCAUGUUGACCUGGGGUCAGAGGAAGAUGAGGAAGACAAAGAGGAUGGUGACAAGGAAGCAGAUGACGAGGAUGAGGAGGGCGAUGCGUCAGACAACGAUUCUGUGGCCACGCCGGAGGCCCAUCCCGACGAUGACGACGUAUCCGACGCCAGCGACCAAGCUGAUGCCGAGGAAGAAGCCAAGCGCGCUGCUUUCUUUGCUCCAGAAGAGAAGCCCAAGGGCGGAAAGGAUGAAAGAGUUUCUUCUUUUCAAGCCAUGUCUCUUUCUCGCCCAAUUCUUCGCGGUCUUACCAAUGUCGGUUUCACUAAGCCCACCCCGAUUCAGGCCAAGACCAUACCCAUAGCUCUGAUGGGCAAGGAUCUUGUCGGCGGAGCCGUCACUGGCUCUGGCAAAACGGGCGCUUUCAUCAUUCCUAUUCUUGAGCGACUGCUUUACAGACCCAAGAAAGUACCCACGACCCGAGUUGUCGUUCUUACGCCGACUCGUGAAUUGGCAAUCCAGUGUCACGCUGUCGCUACCAAACUGGCGGCGCACACCGACAUCAAGUUCACACUGGCUGUUGGAGGUCUUAGCCUGAAAGUCCAAGAAGCUGAGCUCCGUCUCCGUCCCGAUGUUAUUAUCGCUACGCCUGGUCGCUUUAUUGAUCACAUGCGCAACUCGGCCAGCUUUCCUAUCGACACUGUCGAGAUUCUUGUACUUGAUGAAGCCGAUCGAAUGUUGGAAGACGGUUUCGCCGACGAACUGAACGAGAUUCUAACCACUUUGCCCAAAUCUCGCCAGACCAUGCUGUUCUCUGCGACCAUGACGUCAACUGUUGAUAGACUUAUCCGUGUUGGAAUGAACAAGCCCGCCAGAGUCAUGGUUGACUCGCAAAAGAGGACUGUGGGCACGCUGGUGCAAGAAUUUGUUCGCCUGCGUCCCGGUCGAGAAAACAAGCGUAUGGGCUACUUGGCACACAUCUGCAAAACUUUAUACACAGAAAGAGUCAUAAUUUUCUUUCGCCAAAAGAAGGAUGCUCAUGAAGCCCGUAUCAUUUUUGGUAUUUUAGGAAUGACUUGUGCGGAGCUUCACGGUAGCAUGAGCCAGACAGGACGUAUUGAAAGCGUAGAAGCUUUCCGAGAUGGCAAGGUCAACUACCUCCUCGCGACCGACCUGGCGUCUCGUGGUCUGGAUAUCAAGGGCGUCGACACAGUCAUCAAUUACGAAGCACCGCAGUCGCUGGAAAUUUACGUACACAGAGUCGGUCGUACAGCCCGUGCCGGCCGCAAAGGCGUGGCUUUGACGCUGGCUGCUGAAUCUGACAGAAAGGUUGUCAAGGCUGCAGUCAAGGCAGGCAAAGCCCAAGGGGCUAAGAUCACGAGUCGCGUCAUAGAGAAUGAAAAGGCAGACAAGUUGCAGGCCCAGAUUGAUGGUAUGCAGCGGGAGAUUAAGGAGAUCAUGCAGGAAGAAAAGGAAGAGAAACAGUUUGCAAACGCAGAAAUGCAGGUCAGAAAGGGAGAAAACAUGAUUGAGCACGAAUUCGAGAUCAAGUCGCGCCCCAAGCGAACGUGGUUUGAGACGGAGCACGACAAGAAAAAGGCCAAGGAGGCUGGCAAGGCUGAGCUGAACGGUGCGCGCGAGGGGUCGAAGAAGAAGUUGUUGGGCAAGGUCAGCAACAAGGUCAGGAAGCGACUGGACAACAAGGCGGAGCGAGCAGAGGGCAUGGGAUGGAGGAAGGGCAAGACGGAUGCGUUGAAUGCAAAGACAAAGCAGAGCCAAAAGGGAGGCCCAAAGGGAAAGAAGGGCAAGUCGAGCGGACGCAAGUGA